CACAGGGUUUGGUGUGCAGUGACUGUUCUUGUGCUGGCUCCGAGGGACACAGCUGCAGCAGAGAGCGGAGCAGAGAGCCAGCACCCACGACUGCAGACUCCAGUACAUCGGCUGGGACCUCGCCAACAUGUUCAAGGGGGUGGGCAAAGGCUCCCCAAGCAGAAGUUCCCCCAACAGAAGUUCCCCUGUCAAGCCUAGCAAAUCCUCAGCAAAUGAGCUGACUGUGCUCAUCUCCCGCAUGCAGACGAAUGCUGACCAGGUGGAGAAGGACAUCUUGGAGACACAGUCCAGGCUCAAGCAGGAUACCUGCAAUCACCAGAAGAACAAGGCUUUUGAGUUCCAGACAGAGAAUGCCAGGAAUCUGAAGGAAGCAGAGACUCUGCUGAAGGACCUCUUUCUAGAUGUGGACCGUGCCAAGCGACUGAAACACCCUCAAGCUAUUGAGAUAGAGAAAGACAUCCAGCAGCUCCAUGACCGUGUGACACAGCUGUGUGCAGAGUACCGGGCCCUCUAUGAGCAGCUGAACAUCCCUGAUGUGGGACCCAGGGUAGACUGGGGCAGGAUCCUGGACCAAAAGAGGAAACAAGUCGAGGCGGGGCAGUACGGCCCUGGCAUGUCAGAGCUGGAAAAGCAAAUAGCUGAGCACAACAUCCUCCAGAAGGAGAUUGAAGCCUAUGGCCUCCAGAUCAAGAACCUCCACUCUGAGGAUGUGGCAGAUUUAAAAAGCCAGUACAAGGACUUGCUGAAAUCCUCCAUCUGGCGUGGGCAGAGCCUGGGCAGCCUGUACCACCACCUCCAGGGCUGCACCAAGGAGCUGGGGUACCUGACAGAGCAGCAGACCAAGAUCUUGAAGCAGGACUGGAGUGACCAGAUGAUGGACGUGGAGAGUGUGCGCCUGGAGUACGAGGAUUUCAAGUCCAACGAGCUGCUCAGACAGGAGGAGUUUGUGAACCAUCUUCAGGAUGAUGGGGACAGGAUGAUUGAGCUGAAACACCCAGCUAUCAAGCCUAUCCAGGCUCACCAGGAAGCUCUGAAGAAUGAGUGGCAAAAUUUCCUGAAUCUCUGCAUUUGUCAGGAGAGUCAACUGAAAAGUGUGGAGAGCUAUAAGAAGUUCCAGGAUGAUGCUGAGGCUGUGAGCCGCUCCUUGAAGAAGAUGAACUCUGACCUGGACACCAAAUACAGCAAGCUCAACAAAGACAGCCCUGGGCUGGUGUCAGAUCUGCUGUUUCAGAUGGAGAAUGAGGAGAAGGCACUGAAGCAGGCAGAGAAGAGCAUCGCUGACCUGAAGAGAAGGAGCAAAGACAUCAGUCCACUGAAGUUACGCAGGACACGUCCCUCCCAGAACCUCACCUUGGACACCCUCUGUGACUGGGAUGCUGGGGAGGUGCAGCUGACCAGAGGUGAUAAGUACACUCUGAAGGACAACAGCAACCCAGAGAUGUGGGUGGUGCAGAGCAGCACUGGCGUGGUCCAAGAGGCACCAUCAGCUUGCUUCUCCAUCCCUCCACCAGACCAUGAGUCCAUAGAGAAGGUCAAUGGGCUGGAAGAGGAGCUGAAGGUGGUGAAGCAGAAGCGAGCGGCUGUUCAGAGCACCCUGAGGCGCAGUCACAAGGAGCAGGUUCAGCCCAGCCAGGAGGGCACAGCAGUGGCUUCAUCCAGGAGCCCUCCUGUUGUCCAAGAUGAUCCCAAAGCUGACCAGCUGCUCGGCAGCCUGGAUCGUGUUGGCAAAGACCUGUUUCAGGUAGAGAAGGAGGUCUUGAACCGAGUGAGGUCUCCAGUGAACUACAGUGACCCCACAGAUGACCUUGCCAGGAGGAUCAAACACCAGCAGGAAACAACAAAGAAACUUGAGAACCUGGGGGUGGCCAAAGAUGCCUUGCAGAAGGAGUGUGAGACCUACCUUUCCAAGAAACCCACCAGCACCGCAGCUUCCCAGCUCCCUGUCACGUUGAACGCCCUCAGGAGCAAAUACAAUGAUGUCAAUAUGCUCUCCAGCCUGUACAACGAGAAGGCUAAGGCUGCCUUGAACCUGGAGACUCAGAUUGAGAACACAGACAAGAUUGUCAGCACAUUUGAGGCCAAGCUGGCUCAGGAUAGCAUCAUUCCUGCAUCCCCUAAUGCUCUGCAGGACAGGGCCAAUGAUCUGCAGAAGAUGAGGCGGGACCUGGUGGCCCAAGAGGGCUGUGUGCUGAAGCUGAACAGGGGGCUCAAAGAUGCUGAGCACAGCUGCAGCGCCGUGCAGAACAACUUCCAGGAGUACUGCCCUGACCUGCCCCGGCAGAAGCGGGAGGUGCAGCUCCUCAACGAUCGCUACCACGCUGUCGCAGACCAGCUGGACCAGCGAGAGAAGACACUCAGAAAUAUCAGCCUUACCUACCAGCAGUUCCAAAACUCCAAUGAGAACCUGAUGUUCUGGAUGAACAACCUACCCAAGCACCAAGUGAAGACCACCGAUGGCCCAAGCCAGAUCAAUUACAAGCUGCAGGCACAGAAGAGGCUGGUGGAGGAGAUCAAAAGCAAAGAGCCCGAGAGGGAUGCAGUGGUCAGACUAUCCCGGAACGUGCAGUCCACGCUCAAUAACUAUGAGCUCCAAGCAGGCAAAUACAGCUCAUCUCUGGACCCUUCCCUGACUGACUUUGCUGCAAAGAGGCUGCGUGUGACCCCCCUACAAGAAAGCAUCCAGGCCCAGGAAAAUGAUGUAACCAAGCUCUACAUGGAGCUGGCAGCAGAAAACAAACAGCAGCUCAGCCAGCUGGAGUUUGCCAAGAAGAUUGUUGAGAAGAAGGAAGUGCAUGAGGACAUUGAAGCUGUGCAUGAGCAAAUGCAGCAAUCUGAAAACAAAGCCACAGCAAGCAGGGAAUCUGAGGGGUUGAAAUCACAGCUGGAGAAGGAAAGGAGGAAAGUGGCCAAGAUUGAAGAGGACCUGGAGGAACACAGAAACAAACUGCUGAUGCUGAAGACUCAAAAGCCCAUUGAAAGAGUGGAGGAAAAGGAGGUGAUAGAAUAUUACAGAGACCCACAGGUGGAGAGCAACCUGUCUAAGAUGGCACAGCAGAUUGAAGAGGAGGGCAAGAAGAGGCAGAGCCUGCAAGAAGACAUUGAAGUGAUGAGCCGGAAGCUUGCCCAGAUGGAGAGUGAGAAGAAGGUUGUUCCAGCUCAGCUCCUCACCAAAGAGAUCACAAAAAUUGAGAAAGAUCCAAGCCUGGAGAGUCAAGCAGCCAGUCUUCGCCAGGAGAUCAAACGCCUCCAGGAGGAAAGCUUGGCUGCUGCUUCUGAACUGGAGCAGCAUAAGAGAGAGCUGCACAUGCUAGAGCGAAAGCAGCCCAAUAUCCGGGAGAAAGUGGUGGUGAAGGAGCUGAUCAAACUGGAGAAAAACCCAGAAAUGCUGAAGUCUGUCAGGACUUUGCAGCUACAGAUCGAUGAGGAAUCCUUCAAGAGGAAGUCUGCAGAAGAAGCGAUAGUGAAAGUGAAGAACAAGAUUGAGGAGGUGGAAAGACUAAUUGAAAUGGCAGAACCCAAAAUUAUUGUUAAGGAGGUGAAGCAGGUAGAGCAGGACCCAGAGUUAUUGAGAGAGACUUCCAAGCUUAAAAAUCUAAUUGAAGAAGAGAGGAACAAGAACUUGGUGCUUACAGGUGAGCUGGGAGAGCUGCAGAGCCAGUACAGUAUUGCAGAGAAACAAAAACCAAGGGUAGAGGUUAAAGAGAGAGUCAAUGAGAUUUUCCUGGUGGAUCCUGAGACGGAGCGGCAAAUUGCACACCUGAAAAGGGAGCUGCAGGAAGUCACUCUGAAAAGGACAAAGAUUGACAGUCAGGUGGAAGAAGCCUUAGCAGAGCUCAAUGUCCUCAGGUCUCAGAAACCAGUGGUGGAGCUUAAAGAGGUUAUAGAAGAGGUGGUGAAACAUGAAAAGAGCCCAGAGAUUCUUAGAGAAAUUGACAGGCUGAAACAACAGCUCAAUGAACUGGUGAACACCAACGGCAGGACCCAAGAGCAGCUCAUCAGGCUGCAGGGUGAAAGGGAUGAGUGGAAGAGGGAGAGGUCCAAGGUUGAAACCAAGCUGGUCAAUAAGGAAGUAAUCCGAUAUGAGAAUGACCCACUCCUCGAGAAAGAAGCUGAUCGCCUCCGUCAAGAGGUGCGUAACAUGUCUCAAAAGAGGAGAGCUGCAGAAGAUGCAAUCUAUGACUUGCAGAAUAAAUACAUGCUCCUGGAGAGGAGAAAGCCAGAGGAAAAGGUCGUUGUUCAGGAGGUGAUACUGACUCAAAAGGACCCGAAGCUCCGAGAUGAGCACAACAGGCUGAGCCGGAGUCUGGAUGAGGAGGUGAGCAACAGGCGUCGUCUGGAACGGGACGUGCAACAGGUUCGUGCGCUGGUGGAAGAGCAAGAGAAGUUGCUCAACUUUCAGGAGGAUCGAAGCAAGAGGCUUGCACUAGAGAAGGAGAUGAGACAGAUUACUUUGAGAAUAAAGGAGCUGGAGGAGAGCCCAGCUCCGGUACAAGAAAAGAUAAUUAUGGAAGAAGUGGUCAAGUUGGAGAAGGAUCCAGUCCUUGAACAGUCUGCCAGCAACCUGCGCUUGGAGCUGGACCGUGAGAAGAUGGAGGUGCUGAACUUGCAGAGGGAAUGCAAGAACCUGCAGAUGCAAGUUGAUGUCCUGCAGAAAACAAAAUCCCAGGAGAAGACCAUCUACAAGGAGGUGAUUCGAGUGGAGAAAGACAGAGCGUUGGAGAGCGAACGUGCACGCAUCUGGGAGCUGCUGAACAGGGAGAGAGGAGCCAAGCAAAGGGCAGAAGAGGAGGUACGGCGGCUCAGGGAGAAGAUUGAACGCGCUGAAGGCAUGAAGAGGACAUGGGCUCGCGAAGAGACGGAGCUGCAGAAAGCCAGGAACCUGGCCAUCCAGGAGAGAGCCAACUUGGAGAGUGAACUGCGGGAGCUGGAGAGGCAGAAGCAGCAGAAAGUCCUCUUCCUUCGGGAGGAGUCCAAACUGCUCAACCAACGCACUGAGAAUGACAGGCAGAAGAAGAAGCAGCUGGAACAGGAAUUUUCCCUCCUGGAGGCAGACAUCCUUAGGGAGAAGGACCAGAUCUACAACAAAGAGAGGUUGAUUCGAGAACUCCGGUCAAGGGUCAACCGGGAAGAAAUCAAUCAUGAGACCCAGAUGAGAGAGACUAACCUCUCCACCAAGAUCUCUAUCUUGGACCCUGAGACAGGGAAGGAUAUGUCCCCUUAUGAGGCCUACAAGAGAGGUAUCAUAGACAGAUGCCAGUACAUCCAGCUGCAAGAACUGGAGUGUGACUGGGAGGAGGUCACCACCCUGGGCCCAAAUGGGGAAAUGUCAGUUCUCCUUGACAAGAAAAGCGGGAAGCAAUACUCAAUCGAUGAUGCACUGAGGCUGAGGAGGAUCACGAAGGAGGAGUACCAGCUGUACCGGGAUGGCAAAAUUCCCAUCUCCGAAUUCGCCUUGCUGGUGGCUGGGGAAUCCAAGCCUCCCUCAUCCCUCUCUAUUGGCUCCAUCAUCUCUAAAUCCCCACUCUCAUCACCCACCACUCCCCAAACCCAAAGUUUCUUCCCCCCAGCCUCGCAGAAGGGUUUCUGUGAUGACACGUCACCCAUUGCUGGGGUGUACGACAGCACCACCAACACCAAGUACAACAUCAAGACUGCUGUUGCAAAGAAGCUGCUUGAUCCCAUGACGGCUCAGAAGCUGCUGGAAGCCCAGGCUGCCACGGGAGGCAUCAUAGACCUCAUUUCUCGAGACCGGUUCUCAGUCCAUAAGGCAAUUGAGAGGGGACUGAUUGACAGAACCUACAUGCAGAGGCUGCUCAAUGCCCAGAAAGCUUUCACAGGGAUUGAGGACCCGGUGACCAAGCGAAGACUGUCUGUGGGGGAAGCGGUUCAGAAGGGAUGGAUGACCAAGGACAGUGCUUUCCCCUACUUGGAGGUCCAGCAUCUAACCGGAGGGCUCAUUGAUCCCAAGAAAACUGGUCGCAUCCCCGUGCUGGAAGCUGCCCAGACAGGGAUGAUAACAAGUGAUCUGGCCACCAGGCUGCAGGAUGAGUCCAACUAUGAGAAAGAUCUCAUUGAUCCUGUCACUAAAGAGAAGAUAAAUUACAAGGAGGCCAUGGCCCUCUGCCAGAAGGAUUCUCUGAGCAGCCUGCUGCUGCUCCCCGCUGUGUCGGAGGGCAGUCAGCGCUACCACCCCACCAGCCGUUCCCCCAAGCUCUCACGAUUCAGGCAUUGAAUGGACCCAGACAUUUACUGCACCUGGUUCCUUCAGGAGUUCAUCCCUUCAAAGCAACUCUCCCCAUGAAGGCAGCAGCCAUCACCAGAACUGAGCAUCUAGCAUUUAGGGCUGCAUUCUCUUCUGUCUUAGCUAUCUGCUUUGCAACACAGCUUGGCCGUGCAAAGAAGAAAGUGUGACUGUGGGUGUGUGAGAGCCUGACACAGGGGUGUCCAUGCCAUCCCCUGGCUGCUGCUGUGACAGCAAAGUGUGGAGGGGCGGGGUGUGAUUGCAAGAACUCCACUGGCAGUAGGUUAAAGAUGGUUAUGCCCAGAAAGAUGGGAGAGACCAAAGUGUUUUCCCGUCAGGUCAUUCUUCUGCAUGCAAUAAUAAACAUAGAAGAUAUGUC